AUGAUGCAAAUCAAGUUCCUAUUUGCACUGUGUGCUGUCUUGAUGCUGGUUGUCCUGGGCGCGGAUGAAUCCUUUGCCGACUGCCUUUCCGGAAAAUUUCGGGGUUCCUGUUACGUAUGGCACAAGAAGAAGUGUAGGGAGAUUUGCCAGAGGGAAGGACGAACCGGUGGUCACUGCAGCCCCAGUCUUAAAUGUUGGUGCGAAGGAUGCUGA